AUGAGAGAAGUAGUUAUCGUAUCAGCAUUAAGGACACCAAUUGGAAGUUUCGGCGGUUCGCUGUCAGGUUUUACAGCCACCCAAUUGGGAGGUUUUGCCAUUAAAGCUGCUGUUGAAAAAGCGGGAAUUAAACCUGAAGAUGUACAGGAAGUAUACAUGGGCAAUGUUUUAUCAGCAAAUAUAGGCCAGGCACCUGCCACUCAGGCGGCUAAAUUUGCUGGUUUACCUGAUGUUCCUACUACCACAAUAAAUAAAGUGUGUGCUUCUGGCACUAAAGCAAUCAUGCUUGCAGCGCAAAGCAUCGCUUUAGGACAAAAUGAUAUUGUUGUUGCCGGUGGAAUGGAAAGUAUGAGUAACGUCCCUUAUUAUCUUGAUAAAGCCAGAACAGGUUAUAGAUUGGGACAUGGACAAUUAACUGAUGGUCUGGUUAAGGAUGGUUUAUGGGAUGUUUAUAACGACUACCAUAUGGGUUCUGCUGCUGAAUUGUGUGCAUCAAAAUAUAACAUUAGCCGUGAGGCACAAGAUAAUUAUGCUGUGAGUUCUUAUAAAAGAGCACAGGCUUCCAUCAAUGAUGGUAAAUUCAAUGCGGAAAUUGUUCCUGUUGAAGUAGUUGAUCGUAAAGGAAAUGCAACAAUUGUAGAUAAAGAUGAGGAUAUUUACUCCGUUAACUUUGAUAAAUUACCAGGUUUAAAACCAGUAUUUAAAAAAGACGGAACAAUUACUGCAGCAAAUGCAUCUGCAUUAAACGACGGUGCAGCGGCAUUAGUUUUAAUGAGUGCAGAUAAAGCAAAAGAACUUGGUUUAAAACCAUUGGCACGUAUUUUAAGUUAUGCUGAUGCACAGCACGCACCAGAAUGGUUCACUACCGCACCUUCAAAAGCUAUUCCACUAGCACUGCAAAGAGCCGGAAAAAGCAUUACUGAUGUAGAUUUCUUUGAAAUUAAUGAGGCUUUUUCUGUAGUUUCUUUAGCCAAUAACCAGGAAAUGGGUUUAACGGAUUCUCAAGUCAAUGUAAAUGGCGGUGCAGUUGCGAUGGGACAUCCGCUAGGUGCUUCCGGUGCUCGUAUCGUAGUGACGCUGCUUUCUGUACUGGAUCAAAACAAUGGUAAAAUAGGUGUUGCCGGAAUUUGUAAUGGCGGUGGUGGUGCAAGUGCAUUGGUUAUUGAAAAAAUCUAAAUUGAUGUUUAAGGUUUUCAAACCCUUUUUUAUAUUAUUCCUGAUGAGCUGUGUGGUGACCAAUGUCUCUGCACAGCUCAGUCCGGGUACCGUUGAACUGAAUAAGUACCAGGAUUCUCUGUUAAAAAUCACUAAAAACUUAUUUACAGCAUCCAAUAAUAUUGAUCGCUUUGAGCAGAAUUCUAAAUUCAUCAAAACAUUGGUAACUGCUUUGAAGACUUCUUCCUCUUUUGAUUUCGGCUUCGAUUCCCUGCAAACAAUUUCUGUUGUAAAAUCACCGGAUCAUACUUUCAGGAUUUUCUCCUGGUAUGUUCCCACUGUUGAAGGUACUUACCGCUUUUUCGGUACUGUUCAAUUAGCCACAAGGGACGGAAAACUAAAAUUAUACCCCCUGAUUGACGAUACAGAACAUAUUUCUGAUCUGAAUCAGAUCACCACCAAUAAACAAUGGUAUGGGGCAAGGUAUUAUGAAAUUAUCCCGCUGAUUGUAAGCGGACAAAAUACUUCUUAUGUGUUGCUUGGCUGGAAGGGCAACAACAAUAAAACUUCUAAAAAGGUCAUUGAGGUUCUUUCAUUUGUAAAUGAUGAAUUGAAAUUUGGAAAGACAAUUUUCCAGGGAGCUAAAAAUACUGAAGUAAAAAACAGAAUUGUAUUUGAAUACAAUAAACUGAAUUCCAUGACCUUAAGGCUUGACAAGAAUGAACAAAUGAUUGUAUUUGAUCAUCUCGCUCCUUUUGACCCUAAUAUGGAAGGGAAUUUUGAAUACUACGCUUCUGAUUCUAGUUUUGACGGUUAUCGCCUGGUAGGCAAUCAACUGAAACUGAUGGAAAAUAUUGAAUUAAAAAAUGAUCCGGAUGCGAAGGAUGAUUUUUAUAUAGACCCUAAACCCAAAGAAAUACCAACUGUAAAGAACUAG